AUGACGGUCUCCCAGGACCUGUUUGGGAACCUUACAAAGGCAAUGCCUGGAAAGGUUUAUGGAAAGCACAAGCCUUCAUGGGACACAUUCUUGCCCCUCAACAAAUGGGCCUGCAGUUGGCACAUGGAAAAACACCUCGGGCCCUGGUUCUUGGACAAAUGGCCCCAGAAUUGGAUACCAGUUCUAUACUCAAGCCUGUCUGGGAGGGAAAUACGCAUUUUUGUGGGGAGACUCUGUAAUGUUACCAAAGAAACAUUAGAGCUUUACAAUGUUACUUGUGGGAAUUGGACAUUUAGUGAUUGCUUGGAUACUGAAAUUGAAAAUCAGACGGUAUUUGUGAUCACUAGAGCUUAUGUAUCAAUGCUUCCUGUCAAAACUGUAGCAAGGGACUGUGCAGGCUGCAACGAGUUCUCCACCUUUCAGUCCUCUUUCACCGGCUUUCUUGCUCUCUCUCCAACACCUUUACCCUCUGUAACCAUUACGGAACAGGCCAUCUCCUUCGCCAAGGAUUUCUUGGCCAGUGGCAUCGCCGCUGCUAUCUCCAAGACUGCUGUGGCCCCAAUCGAAAGAGUCAAGCUCUUAUUACAGGUGCAGCAUGAUGCAAGUAAACAAAUUGCUGCAGAUAAGCAGUACAAGGGCAUAAUAGAUUGUAUAGUCCUAAUUCCAAAGGAACAAGGAAUGCUUUCCUUCUGGCAGGGUAACUUGACAAAUGUCAUCAGAUAUUUCCCCACUCAGGCCCUUAACUUUGCCUUUAAGGAUAAGUAUAAGCAAGUGUUUCUGAGAGGAGUAGACAAGCACACACAAUUCUGGAAGUAUUUUGCUGGCAAUCUUGCCUCUGGUGGUGCCACUGGAGCCACUUCUCUCUGCUUUGUCUAUCCCUUGGAUUUUGCGAGAACCCGAUUGGCAGCUGAUGUUGGGAAGUCUGGCACUGAGAGAGAAUUCAAAGGCCUGGGAGACUGCCUUGUGAAAAUCACCAAGUCUGAUGGAAUUUGUGGCUUGUAUCAAGGUUUCAAUGUCUCAGUGCAGGGUAUCAUUAUCUAUAGAGCAGCCUAUUUCGGGAUCUAUGAUACAGCAAAAGGUAUGCUCCCAGAUCCCAAGAACACUCAUAGUGUGAUAAGUUGGAUGAUUGCACAAACAGUGACUGCUGUGGCAGGUGUGGUCUCCUAUCCCUUUGAUACAGUAAGAUGGCGAAUGAUGAUGCAAUCUGGAUGCAAAGGAGCUGAUAUCAUGUAUACUGGGACAAUUGACUGCUGGAGGAAGAUUGCUAAAGAUGAGGGUGGCAAAGCUUUCUUCAAGGGUGCCUGGUCUAAUGUUCUGAGAGGAAUGGGUGGAGCUUUCGUGCUUGUCCUGUAUGAUGAAUUGAAGAAAGUUAUCUAAGUACAUCCUAACUAAAAAUGGAACCAGUGAAUAUAGAUCAUGUAGAAUACUUAACCAUACUUAGCAUUUUGGACCAUUGACCUUCAAGAAAUUCCUGUUGUCUUUUUAUCCAGGCCAGAUCAUGUUAGAGGAGCCAGGAACAGCUCUUAGAAAAAAGGGACUCAUUUAUUGUGAUGCAUUAUUCACACAGUGGAACUGAUGAUUCUCAGUAUAUUGAUUCUAUUGGUUUUUGGGAAAAUUAACAGUUACUGUGGGUCCAAGGAGGCAGAUCAAAUUAGACCAUCUAGUUUAAAUGCUCUUUUUGUAGGACCAUAAAUUUGUGUUUAAGUAUUUAUUUAAAAAAAUCAUGUCUCCCAUUUGUAUUUAAGCACUAUAUAUACUAUUUUGCACAGCUGACUAUUUAGCAAUUAUGAUGAUCUGUGUUGGGCAUUCUGCUGUAAAACAAUAAAUACACAGAAGACUAAAAAAAAAAAAAAAAAAAAAAAAGAA